GUCGGUUGUUGGUUCAUCAACUCAUAAGAAGCAUAAGGCAAAAGAUGAUAUAAUAAGCGAUCUACCGGAAUCAGUUAUGACUCACAUUCUCUCGUUUCUCCCCACAAAAGAUGCUGUUCGUACAAGUGUGUUAUCUAAAACAUGGAUUGAAAAGUGGACAUUCAUCACCAAGGUGAAAUUGGAUGAUAGGGUCUUCUAUUCUUCCAAGAAGAAGAAAUCUGAGCGGAAAACACUCCAACAGUGCUUUAUAAACUUUGUCAAUAGAGUUCUUCUUCUUACCGGAAGUCACAUUGUGGAAAGUUUUUAUCUUGCCAUUGCUAACAAUUAUGAUCCAUCUGUUCUAAAUACCUUCAUCACUUGCAUCUUGAAGAAAAGGGUAAAGAAACUUUCUAUCUAUUCGCGUGAAGGACUCACCUUCUCCGCUCUUACAUCUCACUACCUUUUCAAUCAUGCCACUUGUUUAGAAGACUUGGUGCUCAAUGCAUAUUGUUUUUCUCCUAUCAAAAUCCCUAUCUAUAAGAUUUCUGGUGUUUUUCUUUUUACAAGUCUAAAACUUCUCAAGCUGUAUCGAGUAAUAUUUACAAUUGAUAAAUCUCAGCGGAUUAUUUUUUCAGUAUUGGAAAAGUUUGAGUCACAAGACUGUUUAUGGUUAAGUGCGGGUGCGGCUGAUGUCACUUUAGAACUAAAAGCACCUCUGCUUGAAAGUGUUUACAUAGUACACAAUACCAUAACUAGUGAGCCGCCCUGCAAAAUCAAACUUUCUGAUUCACGUCUGAAAGAAUUCACUUAUGGCGGUGAUGGUAUGUCACAAGCUAUUGUUCUGUCUGAUCCACCUUCAGCUUGCCAUGCUACUUUUACCAUCACUUUGUGGUGCGAUCAAGUAACUGAAUCAUGUGUCUCUCCCCUUCUCAAGCAAUUUACUCAAGUGAAGAGGAUCAAAUUUAUGUUUCUGGAAGAACCAAUUCUGGAUCUUCUACCUAGAUUUGCAAUGUUGAGCGAUUUGGAGCUUGACUUUGUUAGUGUUGAAGUUUUGUUGGGCUUAAUUCAAAAGUCUCCUGCUCUCAAUACUCUACUUAUCAAGGGAAUAUUGGAAUUCAACCAUGAGCUUCUUAACCCUGCUGCUGUGCCAAAUUGUUUGACAUCCACUCUCCAAGUUGUGAAAUUUGGAUGUGUCCGUGGAAACGAGAAUGAGCUUUUAUUAGCUAAAUAUUUAAUGGAAAAUGGUACAGUGCUUGAGAGGAUGAGUUUCUCCCUUGCUCGUGCAGAGUUGGUUAAAUCUAAGGUCAUCGAAGAAUUUAAGGAGAAGCUGUACUCAUUUAAGAAAGGAAUCUCUUUUGCCAUACUUGAAUUUUCAUAUGAAUUUUCAUAUGAUUAUUACUAGUUUGUAGAAACAAGUUGUUCUUGUCUACAAUGGUUCUUUUGCUUGUUGUUUAUAUAAUGCUAAGAUGCCUACAAUAUGUUUCUUUUGGAUACAGCAUAUGAUGUUGCUUGCAAUUCAUUGUCUACAAAUGGUGGUGACUAUACUUUUGGCUGUAAGAUUGGUUUGUAUAUUAGCAGCAACUAGCAAGUUUGUCUUUAUUUUCUGUUCUAGAAGGACAAACAAUUUACCAUGUAACAUGUUUAUUUCUGAUAUAAGAAUUCGACUAUGUAACCUUUGAA